UUCCCCAGGUCGGGGUGGGCUGGAGGGAGAUCGCUCUGGUGAAUCAGUGGGUGCGGGUGCGGCUGGCGGUACGGUACGGGAAAAGCACGCAGCAUGCUCUCCGCUGUCGGGAGCCUUCUGCGCUUGGGCUCCGGGUGCGCGGUCCGCUGCGUCCCAGGGGCGUCUCCAGCAGCCUCUCGGCUGCGGGUAACCACUCUCCAGCUCUGUGGUCUCCCUCGCUACUUCAGUGGUGAGACUCGCAGCGAUCCUGAUGCCCAAAGUCAUGGGAAGGUUCACAGGGUCCUCGCCCAGCACAAGCCCACACAAUUCGACAAGAAAAUCCUGGUGUGGACCGGCCGUUUCAAAUCGAUAGAGGAGAUCCCGCCUCGGGUUCCGCCUGAAAUGAUAGAUGCUGCAAGAAACAAAGCCCGAGUGAAAGCUUGUUACAUAAUGAUAGGACUCACAAUUAUUGCCUGCUUUGCAGUGAUAGCAUCAGCCAAAAGGGCUGCAGAACGGCAUGAAUCCUUAACAAGUUGGAACCUGGCAAAGAAAGCAAAGUGGCGUGAAGAAGCUGCAUUGGCUGCACAGGAUAAAGCUAAAUGACAUUCUGACAGAGCGUUCACUUGAAUACCAUCAUUAUUAUCAGAAACAAUAAAAGA